UCAGUGCGUCCUAGUCGCCUUCCAGUGCAGCAGUAUUGGCGGCUCUCUGGCGGCCGGAGAGUCAACAGGACUCAAACUCCCAGCAAAUGCGAAUCGUACCUCAACUCGAGGCGUCGGAGACGACGUAGUUUAGUAGUUUGCGUGUGGGAGAAGUGGACGGAGCGGAGCUAGCGGUGUAAGAUACUAGCAAGCCGCCUCGACUACUGUGGCGGGGCUGUAGACGGACGUACUGCUGGACAGGGGUGCUCCUGUAGCGUUUAACAUCGUUUCUCGUCGUUGUGUCGAUUGCUGCGGCGCGCUGCAUUGCUGGUACAGCUAGCAUCAAUCACUGCAGCCUUCAAUCGCUGUGUGCUGCAGCACUGCAUCGCUGCGCGCAUCGCUGCCGAGAAAGAUGGGUCGCGACAAGCCCCCGCCGCCCUCGAAGGCCGACAAGAAGAAGAAGGGCAAGGGCAAGGAGCCAGUACAAAAACGCUGCGAGUGUGAAAGACGGUGCGAGUGCGGCAUAAGGCCGGAACGCCCCACGAAAAAGGACGGCAAGCCCGACCACGGCUUCCGAUGGGACGGCGAGGUGCAAAAAUGGGUCGGCAAAGGGAGUCGGGACCAGCGCAUCGCGUCGAAGCUCACGGACAAGGGUCCCAAGGAAGUGAAGGGUUUGACCUUGAAAACGCACGAGAAGUUGCCCUCCCAGAUGCUGGGUGAGUGGUGCCAGCGCGAGAAGCGGCCGAAACCUAGAUGGCACCCGGCCAAACCCGCGCCGCCGGGCAAGCACCGUUCCAGGUGUAUCGUGCCCGAUCCCAAGAGGCGGGGCGCCGAGCACGACCUGGCCUUCUGCCCCGCCGAGGCGUUUCCUUCCGAAAGUGUGGCGAAGGAGAAUGCUGCGCUAUUAGCUCUGAAGCAGACGCAAGGGAGUCUCCCUCUGGAGCGGAAAUUACCGGAGCCCUACCGGAGCACGUGGCUCGCCAUGGGCGCGGGCCUGUGUGGAAAUCAUAGCGUGGACCUUCGUGACCUCCACGCCAUCGAGCCGACGCUGCCACGGGGACAACAUCGCGUCGACGGCGUGGGGCGCCCGAAAUUUGAUUCCACGCAGGCGCGGCCACGGCGAAGAAGGAGCCGGCGAAGCUCCCGCGCAAGGGCUCGAAGAAUAAUCUCGAGGAGGCCGCCGCCGCCGCGCCGGAGAAGCCUUCUAUAGUAGUGCCGACGAUGGACCGCGCCCACGCGUCGAGGGCCGAGGCCGAUAGGGCGAGGCGCGCCAAGGAGGCCGUCCGGAACCAAAGGACGCACGCGCGGGAGGCGCGGAAGCGGGCCAACCCCGACGCUCGAGUUUAUAUGGCGCCUUCCGUAAGGCGCGCCGUCGUGGAGGCGUUAGGUUUACAGCGAACAAAGGAGGACGACGGUGGAAGUUCGAACGACCUCCAAAAAUUGGCAGACCUCGAAGGUGCGAAGAGGGACGCGGCGCAACACUUAGUUGGUCUAGGCUUUCGGCCGGGCCAGGCCGUCGAGGCCGUGGCUACGACAUCAACAAAUGAUGCCUUGCAAGCUACCGAGGCGGCGUUGGCUCAUUUAUGUCUCCAUGUGGACGAGGGCGAUUUACCGGAGACGUUCGACCCGAAGAGCGGCGCGAAUCUGGACGUUGUUGUUUCUCGCAAAGUAGCUUCUUUUGCGGUUGAGGGCGACUUUUGUAGUAGGUGGACCCAAUGCGCUAGACUCGCAAGGCCGGACGCGUCCUUCGAAGCGGGGGAAGGUGGUGAGACUGAUGAAAUCGAGGCCCUCGAGGCGACGCUCGACGUUACUGCUGUAAAAGAGGACCAGGGCUCGGUGAUGACCAUGGGGGACGCGUGCUUGCUGGUACCAUCAACGUACCCGUCGAUACCGGCCAUGGUCCUCAAGAAGGGCGCGUCACAAAAAGCACAUGCGGCGUGGGCGACGCUCGCCUUCUCCUUGGUGGGCGAGCCCAUGCUCUUCGAUCUCGUCGAGGCUGCUAAGAAUCCUGUGGAUGUGCCGCCGCCGCCGCCCGUCGUUCAACCGAAGGCGGCGCCCGUCGUCGCACCGCGACCGCCGCGGCGCAUGCGUCGACGGGGCCCCGACUGGUGGUCGCAGCCUUCGAAUGGCCCGCCACCGCCAUCGCAGCCUAGGACAUCCAUCACACUACAACGGAAGACGCUGCCCGCGCACAAAGAGGCUAGCAACGUUAUCGAUACGGUAUCCAAGUACCAGGUCAUGUUAAUUGAGGGCGGUACCGGAUGUGGUAAGACGACCCAGGUGCCCCAAUUUUUAUUAGAUAAUGCGACUGAACCGAUCAAGAUAGUGGUGGCCCAACCAAGGCGAGUGGCUGCGGUGGGUGUCGCGUCCCGAGUCGCUGAAGAACGGGGCGAACACGUCGGUAGUACGGUCGGAGUAGCAGUAAGAGGGGAAGUGUCGAUGGGCUCCCAUUUGCUGUUCUGCACGACUGGGGUGUUACUACAACGUCUAAGGAGCGACACUAAUAUACAAGGCAUAACACACCUGAUUGUCGAUGAGGUGCACGAACGGCACCUGGAUGCCGAUUUGUUGUUAGCUUUACUAAGGCCACUACUACAAAAGCGACCUUCCCUGAGAGUCAUCCUGAUGUCGGCAACGAUGGACACGAGUCGGUUCUCGCGGUACUUCGCCGAUCUCAAUCCUCAGCUAUAUAAGGGCAGGUGUCCCGUCCUAUCUAUACCAGGAUUCGCGCAUCCCGUCGACGUGAGUUAUUUGAAUGAUGUCAAGAGGUUACUAGAUCAGGACGAAGAGAUGACUCGUAGAGAAAAGGAGGCCUGGACGGCGACGCCGCAACGAUUGGAUGUGCAGUUCGUCGCCGACGCCUGUCGAGCUAUCGCUCUGGAUGAAUUUCAGAGAGAUUCAACCGGUGCGGUAUUGGUCUUCGUGAGUGGUGCUCUAGAAAUAACACAGAUCUGUAGAAUACUGGAGCGAGACCCUACAUUGUACCCCCUACCUUUACAUGGUUCCCUACCCGCAAAGGACCAACGUAGAGCCUUCGAUACGGCACCUAAAGGUAAAACAAAAAUAGUUGUUGCUACCAAUGUGGCUGAGACCAGUAUCACCAUACCCGACGUGACGGCGGUGGUGGACACGUUGCGAUGCAAGGAGACGGGCUACGACGCUUCUAGGUCGUUACCGUGUCUGAAGGAGGUGUGGGUGCGCCAGGAUGCCGCGAAGCAAAGGAAAGGUCGGGCGGGCCGCGUGCGGCGGGGCCGGUGCUACCGGCUGUGUCCCAAGUCCUUCUUCGAGGGCUUUGGGGAGCACACCACACCGGAGAUCCAUAGGGUCGGCUUGGAUGGGUUGUGUCUGCAAGUCCUGUCGAUGGACCUCGACGUCGAGACCUUUGCUCCAUCGCUGCUCGAUCCUCCUUCACCUGAUACGUUACAGCAAGCGUUGCGGGAGCUCUCGGACUUGGGUGCUGUCUCGUCAAAGAAGUUAACUCCAUUGGGCCGUCAUUUAGCCCACCUCCCGUGCGCGCCGAGACUAGGCAAGCUCCUGGUGCUCGGGGCGUCCCUGGGCGUGCGCGACGAGGCGUUGCGGGUCGCGGCCGGUCUAGGGGGGAGAAGCCCGUGGCGGUCGCAUCCUGAUGAUAGGCCUUUAGCAGCAAAAUUCCGCCAGGAGUUGCGGGAGCGGCACGGCUGCGGCCGGUCGGACCACGCCCUAGAUGCGUUGGCGUUGCGGGCCUAUGCCGAGGCUUCGUCCCAACCUGUGCAUCAACACGUCACGGUGCCUUCCACGCCAUCGACGCGAUGCCUGCUCGGUGGCGUGCACCCGACUCACUGCGUCGACCUCCACGCCAUCGACGCGACUGCACCCGACUCACUGGUCGAUUUGCGCACAGGUCACAGCGGGGCUGGGCGCGGAAACGGGCUUUACGAGACUGGUGCGCGCAGCGCGGCUUGAGCGCGGACCCCUUGGAGGACGCGUUGUCCCUAGUCAAACAGUUGGACGGCGCGCUCUCGGACCGCGGCUUCGGGUCGUACGCCACGCAACUGUCGGGACCGGCGCUCUGGCGCGUCGCACGCGCGGUCGUCGCCGGCGCGCUGUAUCCGCGUUUAGUGAAGAUCGAGAAGCCCUCGCAGAAAUACGCCGAGACGUCGGAGGGGAACAUUGCCAUGGACGCCCAAGCGCGGGAACUGCGGUUUCUCAGAAGGACGCCGACGGGGCAGCUCGAAAGAGCUUUCUUACACCCGACGUCGUCGUGCUACGCGGAGCGCUCGUGGCCGUCGCCCUGGGCCGUCUACGGCGAGUGCGUCGAGACGCACCGCGUGUCCAUACGCGACUGCGGCGAGGCGGCGCCGUACGCGGUCCUGCUCUUCGGGGGCAGGGUCGAGCCGCGGCCGUUGCAGGGGUCGAUUGUGGUGGAUGGUUGGGUCUCCUUCGCGGCGCACGCGCGCGUCGGGGCGUUGGUUGCUGCUCUGAGGGAGCACUUCGACGCUUUGCUCGUGGACAAGGCCGAGCGGCCGCAGCUGGACGUGCUCGGGUCGGCCGUCGUCGGGGCGAUCCUGCGGUUGUUGUUGCACGACGGGCUGGCUUGAUUUUUAUUGUGGUGUAAUCUGUUAGUAGCUUA